UCUCUUUUUUAUAUCUUUUUAUCCUCUGUUCUCUAAAACACAUUUUAUGCAUGGAAGGUGCAGUACAAGUAAAAUAUUUAGAAAAAAAAGUAAUGAGGACAGAUUCCUCAUAUUUUGAUGUCAAGGUAUCUGUUUAAUGAAAUCAGGCUUGUACAUGCCAUCUGAACCCAGUGUUCCUGUGCCAAUUCUCUGUCUUCUGCCUCUAUUACCCAGACAUUACCACACACACCUCUCUGUCUCCGCAGAAGAUUUCCAUCCCCUCUUCAAAUUAAACAGGCACGGCAUAAUAAAAGACGCCACUUUAGAUUUGAAUCUAGAAUUGAAACAAACUGCAUAUUGCUUUCUAAUUUUAGCGAGGACACAAAGAGGAGUGCUCAGGGAGAUAGUUUGUCAAAAGGUCCCAUGCGACCUUGCCCUCCUCUGCCAGAAAGUGAUUAAAGAUAAAGCAAGAGACCAUUCACCUGUAAACAGGAAGAUGAACGGCGGCUGUUUGAAAGCUUCCGUGUAAGCUCGGGACGAUUAGAGUUUGCCGUGCAGCACGAAAAAAGUCAUGAGUACAAAACAAAAUGAAGUGUUCUGGAGUGAGUCCUUGCUGCGGGCCAUUCUAGUGCAAAGAGGUGGUGAGCAAAGAGAGCUUAGAAAGUCAAUAUCCAGGUGAGUUACAAAGAUGUGUAGGUCAAAUAUAGUUGUACACCGGGCCUAAAACUAACAUUUUGGCACACCUGCCAAUCUGUAUUAUUAUUAUUUAUUUAUUUAUUUAUUUUUUGUAUUAAGAAAAUAAAAAAAUUUCAUGUUUAAUUCAGUAUUUCCCCUUGAGGAGGUGAAUUCAAUGCAGUUUUCACUUAAAAAUAACUGCCAAGUAUAUCUCACACCAGUUGUUUUCGGUAUAUUAUAUAUUCAAUCGUUUAUAUAUCAAAGUGCUUUCAAACUUUUAAACUGGAAGCUGAAAUGUUUUAUUUUUUUAUGUAGAAGGUCCCUUGUUUUUGUCUCUCGCUAAGGCUUCAAUGUCCUUUCAUCCUGUAGAUACAGUACGUCCCUGUUAUCGCCUUUUUCUUGGAGAAAACACGAUGUGCGAUAAGAUGUCAAAUGGCUGUCAUCAGAGAGGUGGAUCUCUCUGAAUCAUUCUGAAACUGAUCUUCUCCCUUCUUAUUGAUUCAGUUUGUAAUACAAGCUGUUCACUCCUUGUACUGCCAAAGUGGAGAUAGACACGAUAGCAUCAAGGCCAGAGAAACCAGCAGGAGGGAUGAAAGGAGAUGAUUAUCUGAGGACCAGAGUCAGCAAACUUUUGUUUUAAUGUCUGCUUUUGUCUGCCUCCUUUUUUGAAGUGACAUGGAAUCAUUAGGGGUUAAAACGAAUAUCUAGAUAUUUUAUUUUAUCUUAAUUGUAAGUUGAACUGUUGUCAAAAUAAUUGCUGAUCACCUCUUGAAAAGGCUUGAGGUACAGGCAUGGCUAGAUCAUUGCUUUGUAGCAUUCAUUUUAAGUUAUAUUUGUAAUAAUAAAGGGCAAAAAAAAAAAGGUGUUCUUGGGUAAGCUGUGGCAUCCCCUUAAGCUAGUAAACUGCUAUUAAGCACAUUGUAUUGUCAUGUGACCCUAUAUUUAGAGCCCAUCAGAUGUCAGUGACUGAGAGAUAGAAAAAUAAAUGUAAUUAUCUAUGAAGAUUCGGGAGGAGCGCGUCAGAUACUUAGCCUAAUCAUCACAGGUGGACCACAAUCAAGUAAUCAAUCCCACAGUAUAAAUAUCGCUGACUUACCUCUAUCCAUUGACGGUUUAUCAGCAUGCUGGUUCGCUUCGUCAGUCACCUUAUCACAGACCCAAUUUUCGUACCAACGAAGAGCGCUAAACAGGGGAUUUAUAAGACCCGUUGCUUUUGCCGGACCCGAGAUCAUUUCUACCCAGCCAAACACGGCCGUUGAGCAGCAUUAAGCGUCAUCGCGACAGCUGCUAUCCUCGCCAAGCCACACAUCGUGGCCAAUAGACCGUGCAACUCCGAGCUCGUCUUGCUCGAUACACGAUCGUGCCGCCCGAGACCGAGCUCUCGUAGAGCGCUGGAUUGCAGCAGAAAGAAUCCAACCACGGCUCAGCCUUUCACCACGGCGUUCCGGCCGAGUGGCAGUGUGAGGCCGCUUCCUCUAGCGGCGCAGACUAAUACAUUUCCAGGCGAAGACGCUAAAAAACAGGUUCUUCUUUUUCUUCAUUGGAUUUUUACGGCAGUUCGCAUUCAAAGUGUUGCAUCUAAAAGCAGUUUUGCGGCUAAAGUUUUGUUAAACUACGUCUUGACGUAGUUCUGUCUUCUUCUAGUAGCGUUUUAUGGCGGUUUCGGCAAACCAACGUAAAGGUGCAUUACCGCCACCCGCUGAUCCGGGGUGUGGAUCCCGCAUAGAUUUGGACUACAGAUCCACCGUUCCGUCGGAUGAUGAUGCCACUUUUAACCACGAAGCCAAAGGCAUUAGGUUAGAUUAUUGUAAUGCCUCGUUCUCAGGCCUUCCAGCUAAAUCGUUGAGCAAGCUUCAGUAUUCUGCCGCACGCUUGUACUCCUCCUCGCGAACACAUUACCGGUUCUUUCACAAUUACACGGGCUUCCCGUAAACGUGAGAAUUGAUUUUAAAAUUUCUAUCUUAACAUACUAGGCACUUCAUGGGACUGCACCUGAGCAUCUUUGUGAACUCAUCAGUCCUUAUAUUCCAUCACGCUCUCUUCGCUCUACUAACUCUUUCACUUCACCAGCCAUAAUGUGAGCUAAAGACCAUGGGGCAAAGAGCCUUUUCAUAUGAAGCCCCUAAGCUAUGGAAUGUACUUCUUCUGCACGUCAGAUAUGCACCUAUGUUGGGUCACAAGUCACAUUUAUUCAAGACUGUCUGUCUUUAAUGAAUUGUUGUAUUGCUUUUGGUGUUCGUUUCUACAAAUAAAAUGCAUUCUUAUUAUUAUUUACUAUUAUUGUUACAUUCGCCUUACCGCGCACGUUUAAACCUCGCCGAAAUGAUACAGACAUAAGUUCAAAAAAAAAAAAAAAAAAAAAAAAAAAAAAAAAAAAAAAAAAAAAACCUUAAGUCUCUGUAUAAAAGCGCCUGCUAAAUGCUUAAUUUAAUUUUAAAAUUUUAAUUUCCAUGCAAGUCUCCUGGUAGGACCAAAUCAUUUAGGGACCUAUUUUACCAUUCACUGGCGUGAUCACUCAAAAUUAAUCUAAAACGCAUCUGCCCUCGUGUUUAGAUGCAGGAUAGCAAGUGUGAGUAAAAUUACCAUCGCCUUUUAAGGACCGUAAUACGAAAAAAACGGAAAGUAAAUCUCUUUAGAAACCACUUGGAAGCGAAUAGCACAUAACUGCUGUUAACCCAUUUGCUGCAAGCAUCGCCAACGCCCCCAGUCUACGUUUCAUUUUUACAGCACGUUAAACAUCACUCUCUUACUUGAUCUGGAUAAACCGCGCAUCAAUUGAAGUCCAAAGACUUUGGCUUUUAUAUUUGACCAAUAUUUCGAUAAAACAUAAUUCCAGUGAUUAAUUUUCCAUCAUGUCAGGAAAACUAUUCCUAUUCCUGAACGGUAAACGUCAAAGUGUUAGCUCAUGGACAAAUGUUGAUCAUGGAUCUAGUCAGAAAGAAUCAUGAACAGAAACCUCCUUAUUUUGGGUAUAUAAUUUCUGCCUCCAUGCCAAAAAUGGGGGGUGUCUGCCUCUGUUUCCACAGUCCAUAAUACAACGUGAAAACAGCGUUCCAAACGUAUCCGCUCGGGAGUCCGUCUAAAGAGCCCGGAGGCCAAAUGAGAGGAAAGAUGCUUUUCCAACAGGAACAUAAUAAGGUGGACAAGGCCUGAGGAAUUGUCAAAUCAGGCAACAAAUUGCUAAGCUGGUAACACAGUAGGCUACCCAUCCAUUUUUAGCUUGCCCCAUCAAAUAUUACUAACACUUUUUACUCUUCCCACAGCCAACAUCUACAGCAGCCGAAGCAAGUAGCCUUUUAUGUACCUCCUCACUGCCGCAGCAGUGUCUGCUCCCGCAGAAGCCUUUCCUGGACCUCCCCACCGCCACUGCAGUGUCUGCUCCCGCAGGAGCCUUUCCUGCAUCUCCCCACCGCCGCUGCAGUGUCUGCUCCCGCAGGAGCCUUUCCUGUAUCUCCCCACCGCCGCUGCAGUGUCUGCUCCCGCAGGAGCCUUUCCUGUACCUCCCCACCGCCACUGCAGUGUCUGCUCCCGCAGGAGCCUUUCCUGUAUCUCCCCACCGCCGCUGCAGUGUCUGCUCCCGCAGGAGCCUUUCCUGUAUCUCCCCACUGCCGCUGCAGUGUCUGCUCCCGCAGGAGCCUUUCCUGUAUCUCCCCACCGCCGCUGCAGUGUCUGCUCCCGCAGGAGCCUUUCCUGUAUCUCCCCACUGCCGCUGCAGUGUCUGCUCCCGCAGGAGCCUUUCCCAUAUCUCCCCACUGCCGCAACAGUAUCUGCUCCCGCAGGAGCCUUUCCCGUUCUCCCCACUGCCGCAGCAGUGUCUGCCCCCGCAGGAGCCUUUCCUAUACCUCCUCACUGCCGCGCAGUGUCUGCCCCCGCAGGAGCCUUCCAACACCUCCUCACUGCCGCGCAGUAUCUGCUCCCGCAGGAGCCUUUCCUAUACCUCCUCACUGCCGCGCAGUGUCUGCUCCCGCAGGAGCCUUUCCUACACCUCCUCACUGCCACGCAGUGUCUGCUCCCGCAGGAGCCUUUCCUAUACCUCCACACUGCCGUAGCAGCCCCACUGCUGUAGCAGCGUCUGCUCCCGCAGGAGCCUUCCCUACACCUAAAUAUAUAUAAAAAAAAAAAUAAAUAAAUAAAUAAAUACCACACAUCACCUCUGCCUAAAGGCAUGCAAUGCAUCCGAGCUUGCGGUGAUAGCAUCAUGUAUCGACAAUAGCCAAGACGAUAUUAGGCCCAUUUUCCAACCAACGUUUUUAUAAUAAUCAUUAGGCGGCCUACCUUAAAUCGGCUAUCAAACUGCUCCGUUAUCCCAUCUCAGCACUGCAUUUCCCGCUCGCCCGUGCUCUCAAAGGAUGAUGUGAGCCCGUAGGUUAAAAAAAAAAAAAAAAAAAAAAAAAAAAAAAAAAAAAAAAAUUCACUGGACAAGCGAGAUGACCGUAGUGCCGACUACAUGACCUAGCAGUAUUUAAAUAUAGUACUUAUACUUAAUACCAGUGUAUCAGUACGUCCGAAAGUAUAUAUUUUUUGAUUAUUGGUGAUUCCAUAGGCUCUUUUCGUGCACCUGCAUGGUCAAAAUGGUAAAUAGUAAGCUCAGAAAGUAUAAAGAAUCUUUCUCUUACUCCACCCAUGCACGAUUACAUCGUCGAUAUGUACCAUCGAUCUCACGUGCUGACAAUGACCACAUUGCCGAUACAUGGCACCUAUUUGGGGUACACUGGCACAGGAAAUCCAAUUUAUUUUUGCACUCUUAAUUUCGGAUACUAUGACUGCACCAAGAUUUUUUCGGACUCAUUAUCGGAAGCAGCUCAUUGGAUUUGCUAAACAAUUAUUCAAGUAAGCCUCACAGCGUCUACCCUCGUAGACAAAUAAAUCUUUAGUAUCGAACUCCCUGCCAGGCCCUGCAAGAGGGCUCCCGGUUGAACCAACCUUUGCCUUCUCCAUUCAACUAUCAGCAAAGCUUACUCGUUUGACAUCGCAAGUAUUACAAUCCUGCCAGAUGCUUUCCCACUUAAUCAAUCUUGGACUUUCCAUCCGACCACCAGCGAAGCUUACCCGAUUAAAAUAGGCCGAUU